AUGAUGGGUGUUAACCCAAUGAGAAAUGGUUGCUCAAGAAUGAUCGAUAUUUCGAAUCCUUCUUCGAUUCCACCAGAUGAUCCUGACCAUCCGUUUAUCCCGUCAAAAACCAUCUAUGAGCAACAUCGUCAGCCGAUUUAUGCAUGUGCUUUCAAUCCAUAUCAGCCAGACAUAUGCGUACCGUUGCUUGCCACUGCCGCUAAGAACAUGAUUUCUAAUGCUAUGAAGUGUCCCACCUGGAUUCGAAUAAAUUAUCCUUGUGAGGAGCGCAUCAGGAUCCGUUCGCCCGAUAUGGACAUAUUCACAUUGACCUGGUGUUACGAUAUCACUGAUAAAGCUCAUCGAAUAGCGUUUGGUGGCUACUCUGGCCUAAUUCGACUUGUUGACCCAAGCUCAGGGAAAUUGUUGAUGGACAUGUAUGGUCAUGGUGACCACGUUAACGAGAUGCGUACUGAGAUGCCGCAAUAA